AUGCUGAAUGUACUUAAAAAUUCUAACCUGACCCUUGUCGUUUUGACGUGCUUAGUCUUGAUAGCUUCAAGGCUAUGUACAGCCAAUUCCUCUGUGUACGACCCACUCAGUACCCUGAAGAAGCGGUUCGAGAAUUGGCUUCAAAGCCACGGAAAACUGUAUGGAGGAAAAGAGGAGUGGAUGCUAAGGUUUGGGAUAUACCAGUCUAACCUCCAGUUGAUUGACUACAUCAACUCCCUCCCCUUGCCCUUUAAGUUAGCGGAUAACAGAUUUGCGGACAUGACCAAUUCUGAGUUCAGGGCCCAUUUUCUGGGGUUGAACGCGUCUUCCUCGAGACCACACAGGAACCAUAGGCCGGUUCGUGACCCAACAGGCAAUGUGUCGGCGGCUGUGGACUGGAGGAAACAAGGUGCUGUCACUCCUAUUAGAAAUCAAGGAAAAUGCGGCUACAUACGCAUGGAACGUGGUUACAGUGAACAGACUGGUAAAUGUGGUAUUGCUAUGCUCGCAAGCUAUCCCACGCAGUGA